ACAAACAGCUUAUAAUGUGCGUUGUUGUUACACCAUCCAUACAGUUAUUUGAUUGAACAUGACUAAUUUUUGCAAAUUAUUCAAAUGUCUUGUUUUAGUUGGGUUAUUGGUAAAUUAUUUACACUAGUGUCUUUAUAAUUUAGUUUAUAAUGUGUCAUACACACUUUCAUUUUUAUGCAGAACAAAUGUGGGAGUUUCUCAGAUUUAUAUAUACUUAUAUAAAUAUAGAUUCACAUAACAUCGUUCUGUGUCCUUUCUGUGUGGAGUUUGCAUGUUCUCCCGUGUCAGUGUGGGUUUCCUCCUGGAGCUCCGGUUUCCUCCCACAGUCCAAAGACAUGCAAGAUGCCAUUUGUACCCUAAACACGCUGCAAACCAACGCCAGUGCUUUGGAGCAGGUGCGACGAGAACGGGCCCAUCCCCAAAUCCAGCUCCAGGCUAUGAAGGGCUUUCUGCAGCGUUCAGGCCUUACGAUGGAGGAGCUUGAUCAUCUAAACAUUAUACAUGUGACUGGAACAAAAGGAAAGGGUUCAACAUGUGCGUUUACAGAACAAAUUCUGAGGAACUACGGAUUGCGUACUGGAUUUUACAGCUCACCUCACCUGGUCCAGGUCAGAGAGAGGAUCCGUGUGAAUGGCAACCCCAUUGGGAAAGAUCUUUUUACUAAAUACUUCUGGCAGGUUUACAGCCGGCUGGAUAAGACCAAGGCUGCUCAUGGCGACAGCAUGCCAGCAUACUUCCGCUUCCUGACCAUUCUGGCCUUUCAUGUCUUUCUGCAGGAAAAAGUGGACGUAGCAGUUAUUGAGGUGGGAAUAGGUGGUGCAUAUGAUUGCACAAAUAUCAUCAGAAGACCGUGGGUAUGCGGCAUUUCCUCGUUGGGUAUUGACCACACCAGCAUUUUGGGAGACACGAUCGAGAAGAUCGCCUGGCAGAAGGGUGGAAUAUUCAAGCUUGGGGUUCCAGCAUUUACAGUGAAGCAGCAAGACGGGCCAAUGACAAUUCUGCAAGAACGAGCAGAGGAGAUUGGGUGCCCGUUGUUCAUGUGUCCUGAGUUGGAUCAGUACCCGUGUUCAGAUGUGGUGAGGUUGGGUUUGGCUGGGCAGCACCAGCAUUCCAAUGCCACUCUUGCCCUACAGCUUACACACACCUGGCUUCAAAGACGCAGCAGAACAGACUCAUCAGUUACACCUGCACUGGGAUUUAAUGGCCUUCUUACUGCUCCUGUUUUCGAACCUAGUCCAUGUAUGCUAAAAGGUCUUGCUGAGACUGAAUGGCUGGGUCGGAAUCAGACACUGAAGCGUGGCAGUAUCAUGUACUUUCUGGACGGUGCUCACACCACACGCAGCAUGCAGGCGUGUGUGAACUGGUUUACUGAAGCUGCUACACAGCAUGAGAAAAACACUGUUGGCUCUGUGGUACGGGUGCUACUGUUUAAUGCUACAGGAGAGCGGGAUUGUGGUGCCAUGCUGAAACUGCUUGUGCCAUGUCAUUUUGAUUUCGCUGUGUUCUGUCCUAACAUUACAGAGGUCAACAGUGACUGUAAUGCAGAUCAACAAAACUUCAACGUAUCUAUAGAGAACAUGCUCACACGCUGCCUGGACAACCAGCAAAGCUGGCGCAUCCUCUCCGGCCUAGAGAAGGAGCAGCCGGGAGUGGAGCUUCUGAUCGGCGGCAGCAGGCAUCUCCCUCUGAGGACAGAGCGACACACCGCUACGUUAGUUUUUCCCUGCAUUCUGAGCGCCCUGCAGUGGAUCACACAGGGACGCGAUCCGGUUCUGUUCGAGUCCACCAAGUGCGUCAUCCCUGUGGAAGCUAGUGUUGAUGCUAAAGCGUUACCGCUGAGAGAGGCUGCUAAUGUGCACGUGCUCAUCACAGGAAGCUUGCACUUGGUCGGUGGGGCACUGAAACACCUGAUACCAAACCUGGCAUCCUAAUACAUUUUUUGUUGUUGUUUGUGUGGGAACCUUAGAGGUUUUCUAAAACUGUUUACUCAAGCCUAGUGUGUUUCUCCUUACGCACAGGGCCAUACACAAUCAGGCUGCUGUCAAACCUUAUUUGGUAGUCCUGCUGAUCAGGAAACUGAAGCACUUAGCCUUUACUUGUGCCUUAGUGUUCACUAAGCCUGUUGCAGCAUUAAUUACCCAUUUAUUUAAUUUUUGUUAUUAUAAGGACUUAAAUGAUAAGCUCUAUGGCUGGACAUUUCAACAUUUGACAAUUAGUUGUAGUAAACUUUUGCAUCAUCUUUCGUUCUGUUUUCAGACCAUCCAAUGGUCAUUAACAGCAAUUUAAUUUAGUAAAAAAUAAAUAUGCAUAUUGUAUAUUUAACAUAUAAAUAUGAACUGGAACUGUGUGUGUUUAAAUUGAUUUAAAUUGUUUAUGCAAACCAACACAGCAUGUCUCCUUG